AUGGCGACGGACAAGAACCCGGUCCUCCCGUCUUGGCACGAGAUCACCACAACGAAAGCUACUCCUCCUGACUCAGAUGCACCAUCUGUACAACCCUCCUCCACAAAGAGGUUGAGCCCGUACCGCGGGGUACUAUACGCGAUCUUGGCGUUGGUAUCUCUCGCUGCACUUCACGGGCCGCUUGGCACAACAAACCUUGGAAUCCCGUUACAUGUGUGCGGAAAGCCCAUGACUGUCGAGCAAAAGGCUCGCCAGAUACUUGCCCACAACCCUCUCAUCGAUGGUCAUAUCGACCUACCGAUCCUGUUGCGGGCCCUGUACCACAACCGGAUCGACAAUGAUGAAUGGAGACAAAGAUUUGAGAAUGGCACUAUGCCAGGCCAAGUUGACCUUUACCGGUUGAGCAAAGGCCAGUCUGGGGGUGCUUUCUGGAGUGUAUUUGCCCCUUGCCCAGACAAAGGGGACGACUUUUCCGAUGCCAACCUUGCACCGAUUGUACAAUAUACCCUCGACCAAAUUGAUGUAAUGGACAGAGUCAUGGAAGCUUUCCCCCAUGAUUUCGCCCCGAGGGUAAAGAGUCGGGACGCCAGGGCCGCCUUCAACUCGGGUAAACUGAUAUCUCCCCUUGGCGUUGAGGGACUUCACCAGAUCGGCAACCAUGUUGCCAACCUGCGGCGUUUCCACGAACUUGGCGUUCGAUAUGCCACGCUGACGCAUAAUUGCCAUAACAAGUAUGCAGAUGCUGCUCUGUUGGAGAGUCCCCUAAGGAAGGCCGAACCCAAGUGGAACGGCGUUAGCCCAUUGGGGCGUGAGCUCAUUCACGAGAUGAACCGAAUCGGCAUGAUUGUCGACCUAUCUCAUGUCAGCGAGGACACCAUGUUUGAUGUUCUAGGAGGUCGGCAAGAUUGGCCUGGCUCUCUGGCCCCCAUCAUCUUCUCCCACAGCUCCGCCUACAGCAUUUGCCCGCAUCCCCGCAACGUCAAGGACAGCAUCUUGCAGCUCGUCAGGAAGCGAAAUUCCGUAGUCAUGGUCAAUGUCAGCCCGGAUUUCAUCUCGUGCAGGGCCGUCGGCAACCCAAACGGGCUUCCAGAGGAAGACCCAGCCAACGCUACGCUGGAUCGAGUUGUAGAACACAUUCUACAUAUCGGGAAUCUCAUUGGUUUUGACCACGUCGGUAUCGGCACCGACUUUGAUGGCAUCGACAGCUUGCCCAAGGGAUUCGACGACGUCACCAAGUAUCCCGAUCUCAUUGCUGCGUUGCUACGAGCCGGAGUAAGCGACACGGAUGCCGCCAAGAUUGCAGGCGGCAACGUACUGCGUGUGUGGCACGAUGUCGACGCAGUUUCUGCUCGACUCAAAGCUGAGAGUUCUCCAGUAAUGGAGGAUUCAAUUCGCGGCCCUGCACACGACUAG